GAGUUUCACAGGAAGAAAACAGGGCAACGUUAGCUUGAACGAUUUAGCUGAUAUUAACAUCAUAGAUAUGUACAUAUCUAUGAUAUUAACUACCAUAAAUAGUUGCGUAUCAAGGUGACAUCUGUCUUCAUCUCGACUGCGCUUUGAAACAACCCCGGUAAUGUUACCGGACUGAAUACUUGAGCUCGUGUUAAAUAAUCCAGCUUUAAGGUGUUUUAAAGCUAAUGCUAAUGCUAGCCAGUGGUCGACAGUUAGCUCACGGUUAGCUAGCUAGUCUUUUACGAAGGCUGUCGUGUUUUUUAGAUAACUAGACUCGGUGUAAUUUGUAUUUUGUUUAAGGUGGUUUGUAAACUGGUUUGUGGACCGUUUACUACUUUUCUUUUACGAACUAGGCACAAUUUGAAGCUAAUAGUAAAAGAGAAACAGACUACUUGUUGGACGCUAGCUGCUAUAGCAAGACAGCUCAAGCUCGCUUAUUUCCUACAAUAGGAGUCUAUUUGCCAGCCGCACUAUUGAGUAAAAGAAAAGAAAACCUGGCACCUGUGAUACCUGAAGUUACAAUAAGUCCCUAUGGCUUCUUUCGGCUUUACUCCUGCCAGCCAGCAGGAUGUUUUUAGCAUUGAAACAGCACCAUCCAGCUCAAAAACAGCCAGUGUGCUUGGUGGAGAAGAGGCCAGGCAGUUCUAUGAAAACCUGAUGAAAGAUGACACAGGGCAAGAUGGAUCAAGGAGGGCAAAUAGCAAGAAGGAUCAUGACAGAGAGCAUCAGAUGAGACAGAGGAGCAGAGAGUCCAGUCGAAGACUGAGGAGGAGAGUCAGGGCUGUAGGAGCUCUGCAGGGUCAAACCGAUUCUGUAGCGCAAAGAGGAAUUAGUGGUGAAAGUGAAGGUGACCAAAGAGGAGACACAAGCAGCUCAGAAAGGUCUGCGGAGCUCAAAGGACUCAGGCUGCUGCGCUGUGCCCACGAAGGGGACGUCUCAGGCAUCAGAGAGCUGCUGUCGAAGGGAGUCGACAUCAACUUUCAGGAUACUUUCUUCUGGACGGCUGUGAUGUGUGCCAGCUGGUCAGGACAAAGAGCAGCAGUGAGGCUGCUGCUGCAACAUGGAGCCGCCUGGGUCGGAGUGGUUGAUACGCAGGGCAGAGACGCCCAAGACCUGGCACAAGAAGCGGGCCACAAUGAUGUGUUGGAGGAGUUGUUGAACUACGGGAGAAGUACACAGAGAGAAACACAGUCUAAUAGCAGAGCCCACCAGCCUCAGUGGUGCGAAGUGUGCUGUAGCGAGUACAGCAGCAGCUUGUCGUCACAUCUCUCCUCCACUCUGCAUCUGUUCAAUCUGCGGCGUCCUCCGCCCACCCCCUACUACUGCCUCCCCCCCUCCAGCAACAGCUAUAAGAUGAUGGUUCGUUGCGGCUGGAAACCAGGGACCGGACUGGGGCCCGAGGGAGAGGGGCCGAAGCAGCCGGUGGCUACUGUGUUGAAGAGGGACCAGAAAGGUCUGGGGUAUGGACAGAUGAGACGAGCUAAAGUUACUCACUUCAAAGCGAGGGAUGGUGAUGCUGUGAAACAUCCGUCCAGGGAGAAAGAGGAGAAGGGAUGGAAGGCACAGAGGAAAGAAGAAAGCAAAAGAAAAGAGCAAAAAGAUAAAAACUGGGAAAGAGACUUUCGUGCCUCUUUUUAUCUCUGACACCUGCCUACAUGGACCUAUCCACCUGCCCUGUCCCUCAGACUCAUCGUAAAAUAUUUCUGCAACAGAUCAGAUGGGAAGAAAAGUUAAACCGGGUACAUUGUCAAGGUGUUUACCUACGGAGCCUAACGUUAAUGCCUUGGCUCUGCCUCAGAGCUGCUGACGUUUUGUCCAUUUAUGGAGUCAACUGUGCCCUACCUGCAAGUUGUAUCAUGGCCAAAUGUGGCAUGCGGGACAACUGUGGCUGAUCUAACCUUUAUGCUGAGUGUGUUAACUCCGUCUAACUGGCUGAAGGUUUACUGUUGAUGCCCUAAGACGGUGUCAUAAUUAGCUUUUACAUGUGUUUAUCGUAAAAUACAUGAGACUUGCUGAUUUAAUCAGCAUCAUAAAGAAGACUAGUUAUUGUUCUUGAUUCAAGCGCCUUGCUGAUGCUCUUUUUAUACGGUAUUGAAAUAAAGACAGUUUGAAGAUA